CCCAUCCCCACCCCACUUAAGUACACUUACCUACUUCCAAACGUAGCACUUAGAUAAUGCAAAUUCAGCAGAUAAAUAAUAAUAAUAAAAGCAUGGCCGAUCCUGCAGUGAAAGCGCAAAAUAUCUGCUCAAAAUUAUCCCAAAAGGUUGUUGAGGUUAAGUCGUUCUACAACAAACACUUUCCGACCGAUCGUAGAACAUACAAUUUGAGGGUCCCCCUUGUGGGCUUGAUACUGUCAGUGCUUACAAUACAUUUUGUAACGAAUUUUUUCAUGGUAAGACGGUACUUUCGUCAUGAGGACACUGAUAACCUUGUCAAAUAUCUUCUCAUAUUCAUCUCUGCAGCGUUAGGAUAUGAACUCUAUUACGGGUUAUUAAUAGGGGAUAGGAAGCAAUUUACUCCGUGGAUUCUGGGAAAAUUGAUAGAGUUGUGCUUUACGUUUGCGACAAUUAUUUAUAUAAUUGUAGAUUACUGGUCGAUAUUAAGAUUUUGUGUUCCACAACUAUGUUAUGGAUUGAUUGUAUUUGCACUAAAUGGCCUUGUCACUUACGUCGUGACAUCCACGUCCUUAAGGCAGUUUCGUGGACAUGGACGCAAAACUGAUAUUCCUGAAGAGAAUAUUUAUGAAGCUUAUGAUGAUGCCUAAAGAUUUUAUUAAAACUUUAACUUUUAAUACUUACUGUACUGAAUCUUUGUAUAAUCACUUGUAAUUAUUUGUGUACAGAAAUAAUUAUAUAUUAUAUAUUCUUUAAUAAAUAAUUUAAUUUUAA